UCCCGCCUGCUGAGCGGAGAGAGUAAAACCAGGCCUUUUGCCACGCACCGGGGUUCGCGCGCUCCGCAUUUGGCAAUGCACCUGUUUUUCUGGCAUACCUGGUUGUGCAAUGCGUGCGUCCAAGGGCCGCUGAGCAGCAAAAGCCGACACACCCACAGGGCGCUCCCGGAGCCGAAGCUCAGACCCUCCCACCAGCGGGAGGCGGCCGGGGAGCCGGAGGCGGCAGUACCCUGUGCCUUCCCGCGCGGCCCCUCGCCUCCCGCGCCGGGCUCGCCCCAGCCACGGCACCCACCCACCUCACCGCAGCCUCCGGGGGCAGGGGCGAGGCUCGGGGAGCAGGGGGGCUGCCAUGGCGGAGCCGGAGGCCGCGGCCGAGGACCUGGACGCCCUCGUCGACGACCUGGACUACCUGCCGGGCCACUUCCACCUGGAGAUGCAGCUGAACUUUGAGCCGCGCUCGCCGGCCUCGCUCCGCGCCCGGGACUUGAAGCUGCAGCGGGACGGCCUCCGGCAGGAGCUCGAGCUGGCGGCCGCCCCGCAGCGCCCCGCCGUGCGCCACCUCCUAGGCGCCUUCGCCUUCUACCUGGAGGAGCUGGACGAGGCCCGCGAGCGCUUCCUCGAGGUGGCCCGCGAGGACCCGGGCAACCUCAACGCCUGGGCCAACCUGGUGCACGUGUACGGGCGGCUGGGCCAGGAGGAAGACGAGGAGGCGUGCGCCGGGCGUCUGGCCGGCCUCAUGGGCCUGGCGGCCGAGGGCCAGGCGGCCGGGGACCCUCGGCUCCGCGCCGCGCGCUGCCUGGCCGAGCAGGGCUACGCGCACGGCUUCGACGUGGGCUGCGCCAGCCCGGAGGAGCGAGCGCGGGUGCUGGCCGCCGGCAUCGCGCUCUACGACAAGGCGCUGGGCUACGGGCAGCAGAUCCCAGCGGAGGAGAAAAGGGGCUGGUACUUCACCAUGGCCACGCUCUUCAUCAGGCUAGAUGGCAUCUUCCUGGAGCUGGGCAGUGAGGAGCAGAAGAGGCUGCCUGCCUUCAACCGCACGCUGGCCCUGCUCCGGCAAGUGCUCAAGUCCUCGGACCCCCACCACCAAGCUCUGGCCUGGUGCUACCUCGGGAUGCUGCUGGAGAGGAAGGACACCUUCUCCACCACCCCCAUGGGUGUCCACGACUGCGGGUACUCGGGAACCGACCCCCUGGACUGCUUUGGCAAGGCCAUUGAGAUAGCCAAGGACCAACCCCCCAUCCUGAAUCGCCUGGCCAAAAUCUUCCACUUCCUAGGGAAGCAGGAUAUGGCCAUUGGAACCUGCAACAUGGCUCUAGAUGUCCUACGGGAUCCGGAGCUCAACUGGCAGGCAUACUGCACAAGGGCCAAGAUCCACCUCAGAGCCUACCUGCACGACCUGGAGCGAGCCAAGAUGGGGCUCGGGGGCAUGCCUGACAGGAACCACCUGGCCUGUGCCAAGGCCGACCUGGAGGAAGUGGUCAAGGUGUGCCCAGGCCUCAAGACCUACCUGGACAUUGGCCAGGUCUACUACUACAUGGGCGUGGACGCCGUGCAGGAGCUGCUGGCGGUGGACGAGGCGGCGCUGAACCAGGCGCUCGUCUUCCUGGCCAAGGCCGGCGAGUCGGAGCUGGGCGCCUCGCUGCCCGAGCUGCAGCUGCUGCGGGGCAAGUGCCUGCGCAUCAAGGGCGAGGAUGCCAACGCGGCGGCCUGCUUCAAGCGCGCCGUGGAGCUGGACGACGCGGGCUCCAACCACACCGAGGGCUUCGGCUGCCUGCUCGAGGCGCUGCUGGCGCAGUGGAGCCAGGAGCAGCUGAGCGACGCCGAGCUGGGCCGCGAGGUGGACGCGUGGCUGCGCCGCGCCCAGGGCAAGUACCCCGCGGCGCGCCUGCGCCAGGAGCUGCAGCGCUUGUGGCGCGGCCACACGGGCGAGGUGCUGGGACUGGCCCGGGCCUUGGUGGCCCAGGGACGGCCGGCGCUGGUGCGACUGCUCUUCGAGACCAUGGAGCAGGACGGCGAGAGUUCGGGCGAGCCGCGGGGCCGCCGCGCCUUCUCCCUCUAAGGGCCCUCGAGGCCCCGCCCCGCCGAGGCCCACCUCCAGCUGAUUGGGCCGGGUCUGGGCGCUCAAAACGGGCCCGCCCUGCCAUAGGCUGGCUGCUGAGCCGAGCCAAUUAGAUUCUCUUUCGGGUAUUGGGAGGGAUGUUGAGAAACCUGGGUGGUUUGGCAUGCCCAUCGAGGCACAGAGGGCUGAUUAAGGACCGCAGGGAGGUAGGUAAGGCCCCUGGGAAACUGCCUGAUGAAGGGCCGAAUUGUGCAAAUAUGCGAAAAAAGUAAGAUGGCUGCAAGAUACCGAAGGUAAUUGCCCCCAUUUUGGCGGCUCUUUAGUCCCCGUGCGCAAUCCUUGAGGCCUGAGUUCCUGUCUUUGGGUUGCCGUGAGCCUCACUCUAUCCUUGUAAUAAAGCCCCCUGUACAUACAUUGACUGGAGUGGGUCUCAGGUCCUGCAGCCAGAAAAGCCAUGUCAGAGCAGAGGGCAAAACUGCACAGGGAGGUAACGGGCAGGUAAGAGCAAGUCUACACCCGGCUGCUCAGGGCUUUUCCCCACCUGCCUAGCAGUCUUCCAGCAGGCCUCACCCUUGGUGAACUUGGUCUGAAAGGCCCCCAAACUCCCUGAAAUAGAGCCCAUCAAAUGGAAUUUUUGCUUGACUUCCCCGUGCUUAGGAGAACCUAGGCUCCCCGCCCAUCAGGAGGCACCACCUGCUCCCAGGUUUGAACCCUCCACAAGAGAGUGAAAAAAGUCUUGGAAUUUUACGCUCUUGGACUUGUAGUCACAGAAUCUUAGAUGCAGAAGUUUAUUGUCAAAGAUGUAAGCUCUGAUUGCCAGUAAAUCUUAGAAUGGCCGUGCUGGAUUCUUGUGGUCCCACGUAUAAGAGCCAAUUUCACCUAAAAUUCCAGACUCCGGGAAUGCUGGCUGUUCAUAACGGCAAUGGUUUGUGAUUUAUUUUGCAUUUUUCCCUUUCUUUAGAGUGAGUGAUACUCAUUGCUUUGUUCAUAUCCCUGAUCCUCAAACUUCACCAGGGAUAGGCCAGCACCCCUGCACUGCUUCUCAGGUCUCCCAUGACAGAUGGAGGACAGACUGAGAAGGGCCGUCCUUAGAGAUCACACACUCCAAUCCCGUGUGUAGCUGACAAUACUGACAGCCCUGGAAAGGAGGUGGCUUUUGCCCAAAGUCACACCUCCCAGCCUCCCACCCCUGUACUUCAAACCUACUGGCAGCAUGCUCAGGUUUGGAAAAAUACCAAUAAACUGAUGAACACUAAA